GAUACUCGGCAAGAACAUUCUAUUCUGUGUUGGCUAGAUAGAGUUGUAGCAAUACGACUUUAGACACGUCAACACAGUUGAGAACAAUUUUAUUGGCUGUAAAUAAAAUGUACACUAAGAAAGUAACAGUAUGGCUGGGUUAUUUACUUAAUUUGAAAAUGUGAAAUAUAGGCAUAAAUGCUUAUCUAUUUGAAACAACAUGACUGUAUAUAUGUGUGUGUGUGUGUGUGUGUGUGUGUGUUGAUUAUAACCGGGAAAUUUUGGUGAGCAUAACUGGUAAAGGGUAUGUGGAAUAAUACCACUCAAAAUUGAGGGUAUGCAUACUAGGAAAACUUGUAUUAUGGAGAAUUCAUCUUCUUAUUUUAAGCUGUCUCGGAAUUAACCAAAACAGAAAUAUAUUAGAGUUGUGAAGCUGAUUAUUCAAACUGAGAUUAACCUUCACUAGCAUGUGAAUGAAACUAAACCCUAGCUUAGGAAAAUAAAAUGGGUAAGAGCAUAACAACAAUAUCCGUAAUGCAGUUAGCAUUUCAAUUACAAAACAAAUACACUCAGAUAUUGCAAUGACAACAGAGACAUGUCAUGCAUGAUAUUCAUUCAAAACUUAAAGAGUACAUGGGAAGUUGACUGCUCUUAAUCCAUUUUUUCUUUACUAAUCUAGGGGUUAGCUAUAUUUCUAAUACUUUAUACAAUGAUUUAUGAGAAGGAUAAAACAUAAAUCCCAUAGGAGAAUAAGUGUUGUUAACGGAAAUUAUAUAAAACUAUUGUGUGGCAACGAGUCUCUAUGUGAGUACAGAUAUGGUCAACUAUAAGCUUAAAUUUACUUUUUUACAAGAUCUAUGCCCUAGAACCCUAAGUUGUAGCCGAGAAGGGUGGACAUUGACGUCACAAUUAAGUGUGAUUGCAUCUAUUUGAAAACCUUUGGCCAAGGAGGUGCUCAUUCUAGAGCGUUAGUCAAGAUGGUUAAUUUAUCUUCAGCUUGGUAAGAAAUGACAAGCAAGAAUAGUAUUUUCAGUACUCAUUAAUGCAGUUGGGCUUAACAAAUACUAUAGGUGCACUUAGACAUUUAGUAAACAAUACCUUAGUGCGAAAAGAUUUGAUAGGCAAGGGAGCUUAUAGCGCUUCUUAAUGCAAAUAGUCCUAUGUAUAGAAAUACACAGCUUCACUGCUUCCUAAUGCAGUUUGGAAUUCAUACAAAAAUAUAUAGUUUCACUGGACAGUACAGUAGCAACACGAAUGCUCAUAAUACAUAUAGAACAUAGAAGCUAAUGCUGAUGAGGGAGAUAGCAGCUUGUUGUCUAUCUCAUAUUUUCUGCACUAAGGUAAGUAUAUCGGUUUAAACCAUGUUACAAUGAAACUAGAAGGGAACAAUUUACAUCUAAAAUAAAAUAAGGCCUUUAACCUCGAGAUGAGGUAAAGUAUUGGCCGAUACAAUCAACUAUGUUGGUCUAUGGAGAACUAUUGACUGUUUUGAUAUUUUAUGUAAUAUUCAUGUGUGAAAAAGGGCAUCAUAUGUUAAUCAUUUGCAAGUCAAUGGCAGAUAUUAGUUAAUAAAGGCCAAGUAUGGGCUACUUCUCAUGUGUAAACAGUAUUGAGAUUGUGUGAAAUGUAAACUAUUCAACUUUUGUACUUUAAGAUUGGUAAAUUUGUACAAAACAUUGGUUCAUUAAAAGAGGGACGGUGAAUUCUGCAUAUUCAUUAAGCAUGGAUUCAUUGUUGUACUCGUGAGAGAGCAGGUUGCUAGCUCAAAGGCACAAGUAUGAACUCCGUAUUAAAUUAAUCUAGGGUUUUGUCAAAGAAAGGUUACAUUAUAAGAGUUUAAGUCAUCUCGAGUUUGUAGUCUAGCAUGUGAAGCUUGGGCCCAAUCAUAAAUGACAACCAAUGAGCUUCAUAGAGUCAGUAUGCAGUAGGAUAGAGACAGACAUGAUGACUUGGACACCUUUGGGAAUGUAAUUCGACUGAGUAGGGUGAUGAACAAUGACUUCAAGAAUUAGUGAGAUUGCAUUUACACUAAAACCUUUAGCCAAGGUGAUGUUACUUCCGUAAGCAUCAACCGGUUGGUUAAUCUAGAUACACAACCCAGUCAAAGGUCAUACUAGUUAGGGGUAGCCUAUGGUGUAUGACCGACUAGGGAUUUGUGUAGGAUUAUACAUUAGUCUAAGAUGGCAUGAGUUCAAUUUUCCGUUACGUCCCUACGAAGGGUCGGGCCAAUCCAGUUGGAUAUGGCAUGGAGGACUAGCAAGUCUGUGGUUGGGCUGAAAAGCGCCCUGAUGAUACCUUCCCUCCUCAAUGGUCUAUUAGUAAAGUUAUGAAAGAUCAGAAUUUUGGCAUCUGGAAAAUGUAGUACAAUUAAACAACAUGGAUGAUGGACACAGUUGGGAUGUCUGGAAGAGUCUUGGAAACCAUAGCAAGCCUUUCUACAUUAGAUUCGGAAAGUUUGUUAGGUUAUUUAUUGUAGAUCCUGUUCUUGUUCGACAAGUUCUCACUAGCAAUGCAGAUUGUUACAAGAAACCAUCAUUCAUUCGUUCAUUAUCUAUUCUUGGGGACGGAAUAUUUUCAUCAUCUGGAAAAGAUUGGUUUCAACAACGGAAAAUAUUUGAACCUCAUUUCUUCUCUAAGAAAAUUAAGAUGAAGCUGGAGCUCCUUAGGGAAGUCACAGUCGAGGCCAUGCAUGGCUGGGAACAGAAUUUACAGCUUCAUGACCAAGAAAUAGAUAUUUAUCAAAGAUUUCUUGAGUUGGCACUGAGCAUCUUUGGAAAGUUUGCUUUUGGUAGUGAUUUAAAAAGCUCUAUGAAUGAGAUUUUUCUUAGUUUCGGUCGGUAUCUUUAUAACAGGAGACAUGGUAUAUUUAGACUUGCAUCUCCAUUGCCUACCUUUAGAUCAAAAGUUGCUGCUCAGCAGAUUGUGGAAGAUGAAGGCCAACUCCGAAGGAUUGCAAUGGACCUUUUGGAAAAUGAACUGGCACAUCAACAUUUUGAGCCAGAUGGAAAUGAGAGCUUGCUUACAUCAAUGCUUCUGUUGCUCAAGGAAGAAAAUCUGAAUGAGAAGCAGAUUGUUGACAAUUGUAUAACUUUUUUACUUGUUGGGCAUGAAACUACUGCCAUCCUUCUUACAUGGACCACAUAUCUCUUAUCUGUUCAUCCAAAUUGGCAAGAAAAAGCCCGGAUUGAAGCUGCAGAGUUGUGGCAGAAGCAUGAUCCAUUGACCUUGCCAGAUUUAGGACAUUUGAAGACUCUGAAUAUGAUAUUAUUGGAGUCACUUCGCAUGUAUCCACCACAACCUUUAAUUGGGAGAGCUUGCAUCAAAGAAAAUUCUGUGGGAGAGUUUCUGAUCCCAGAGAAACUCGAGGUUGUCAUGCCUAUCCCUGCCCUCCAUUAUUCCAAGGAGUACUGGGGUGAUGAUCCUGAGGAAUUCAGGCCUGAAAGAUUUGCCAAUGGAUUGGCUCAUGCUUGUAAGAAUCCAUUUACUUUCUUACCCUUUGGCACGGGUCCAAGAACAUGUAUUGGCCAAUCCUUUGCCUUUGCAGAGGCAAAACUUGUUAUGGCAAUGAUGCUGUAUAGAUUUUCUUGGAAGAUAAGUCCCCAUUAUAGGCAUUGCCCUGAUAUCAUAAGCUUGACACUACGUCCAAGUUUUGGCAUGCCAAUUAUAAUGGAAAAAUUGGUAUCUUCAUGACGAUUAAAGCAGUUUGAGUGGUUAGUAUGGGCACUUACCAUCCCAUUAUCAAUGUUCUAAUCUUGUAGACAUGUUGCUAAAUUUACACUGAAGAUCUCUUAUGUUGCGGAAAGGUUACCAUGUAAUUUCUUCAUCAACGAAAAAAUUGUUUGAGAAGAUGCUGUAAGUAAUCACUAUAGUCUAUGUAUCAUGUAUGGAGGUCCAUGUACAGAUUCAAGAUGUUCUUGUCAAAUUUGUAUGAGAAUUUUGAUUUGUACAUAUUGCAGAUUUUUGGAUA